GCCGCGAUAAAGACAUUUAAACAGAAAGAUAGAUUUUGUUCCAUAUUAUUUGAUGAAAUGGCGUUGACUCCGCGUGUAGAGUAUGACGCACUGCAUGAUCGUUUACAGGGAGUUGAGGCAGGACAAACUCGUCGACCAUAUAAGAUUGGUUUUCAUGCUAAGAGGAGUGUCAAAAAAAUGGAAGCAGACGAUCUGCUAUACAUUCAGUAAAGGCCCUGCAAAAUCUGAGAACAUAAAACGAUUGCUCAAGGAAAUUAUUGAAAAACUAAAUGGCUCACAUGGUUUCAAAAUAGUAGCAAUAGUGUGUGAUCAGGGCUCGAACAGACAAAUAUACCUAAGAAACGAACAAGAACCCCGUCGCCGUAUUUUAAUUGCUAAUUCGGAGAUUGUGCCUCUAUACGACGUGCCGCACCUAUUAAAAGGAAUCAGAAACAAUUUAUUAAAAAAGAAUUUAAUAUGGAUCACACACGAAGGACGGGUUGAGGCGAAAUGGGACGACGUUGUAACGGCAUACAAGAUUGAUUUAUCCAGUGGACGCCUUAGACGUCUACCACGAAUAACGGAGGGCCACGUUAUUCCGGAUAAAAUAAAUAAAAUGAAAGUUAUACACGCGGCACGUAUAUUGAGUUAUUCAAUGGCCCUGGCCAUUACUUAUAUGGCUCAACAUAACGAAUCGGACAGUAGCGGAUUAUACACAAUGAGGACAACAGCUUUCGGGACGGGGGAGAUUAUUAACUUCUUCGACGAAUUGUUUGACAGCAUCAAUGGAAAUACUUUAAGGGAUCCAAGAGGUUGCGUUGGUCCCGAUGGACGAUUCGCGCCUAGGGACCUUAGAUGGGGUACGGGUUACCAUCGUCCCAGAGGGCUAUCCCAUACGGGUUCUAGACAGUGA